CAGAAGGAUUCAUUUCUCUACCAAGCGAAGAAGGAGUCAGUAUAACACUCGGAUUUUCCUCGGCAAGUGUUUAGUUGGUUUGACCAAGUGAAACGGUUCGAAACUAUUUUUCCAUUUAUAGCCAGAGAUCCUUUUCGUAUAUAAAAAUAUUACCGUUAAAUUGGGGGAUACAGUAGCAGUGAUAAGAUUUUACAAAACAAGAAAAAAUUCAAAUUUUAUUAAAUUUACAAAAAAUAUAAAAAAAAAAAAACAUAUUUAAAUUUUUCUAAGAAUGUCCUGGAAAUUCCAUACGAGAAAGUUUUUACUUUCAAAAGAAAUUAUUUUGGUUCUUAUGAUGGUGUUUAUUCAAUCCGGAUAUGGGAUUUUGUGUUUUGUAUGUGAUUCAAGUGUCAAUCCUGGAUGUAAAAAUCUCAAGUCGAAUUCUAGCAUAGUACCGGAGACUUGCACUUUGGAAAAAAUGAAAUCAACCAAUUCAUGGCUGUUAAAUUUGAAUAAAAUUGCCUACUUUGAAAGUACUCUUCGGACAAUUCCAACAAUGUACUGUCAAAAAGUCGUUGCAAAACGAACUGUGGAUAGUCCACCAGUAACUGCUAGAUUUUGCCAGUUGGACACUCGGGAUACAGAUGCUUGUUCAAUUCUAAAGGAUCACAUUUCGAAAAGAGGCAACUCGAAUAACACUCCCGAAGAAUCGAAUGCUGUCCUGGUGGAAUGUUCAAUUUGUAAAACAGAUCGAUGCAACGGUUCAAAGCGUUUGGGACUUUUCACAGCAAUGGGGUAUAUUUUCAUUGCGGGAAUUUUGAAAAUGUUUGGAUAAUCUACGCGGAUCGAGAAAAAAACAAAUUAAAAAAAGUUUUUUUGUAAAUAUUGAAUAAAUAAGUUUUAUGAUAUUUUGUAUUGUACGUAUGUAAAAACUAAGACGUUGUUCAUACACCAUACAUUUUUAAACACCCCACUGUUGAGAAAUUAUUUCAAACCCGGAGAUGAAAAACAAACGUUUUUGAUAUAAGAUUCAUUGUAAAAGCAAUUUUCAUUCUGUGCGUCGUCAUUUUUUAGAAAUUCAUUAAAAAAUUCACCUUUCUUUUAUUAGAAAGCUAAUACAUAUUUCAUAAACCCUACGCAUUCCUUUUUAAAAAACAAUCAUCGACCUGAAUCAUUUUUAAACUAUGAGUGUAAUUUUUAAUAUAAUGUAAGUCAAAGUCACCCACCAUAUUAAAUAUAAUUUUGUUAAUUAGUAUUUACGAUAUAAUGAUUACAAUUAUUUCUUAAAUAAUACUAAAAGUUCAUUAAUAGAAAGCAAUGUUUUUUAAAAAUUUGCCAAUAGUGCAUUAAAAUAAUACAAAAAAAUCUCCUUCACAUUCAACAUUCAUAAAUAAAAGCGUUAAAUGAGCGAUAUGAUUAUUUAUAAAUAAAUUUACUAGGAAUAUAAUUAUAUUAUAUUUAUAUUUAUAUAUAUAUGAAAAAACGCAUUACGAUAUUCACCAAUUGCCUUUAUUUCAAAGCAAAACAAAAUAUAAUAAAAACAAAACAAAAACUACAAAAAAAUGACUAUAAAUGUUAUGAUUUGCAAUUAACAAUCAACGAAUUAAUUAAUAUAUAAAAUACAUUACGUAUAUUAUAUUUUAAGUGCAAGUUUUAGUAUCUACAGUCAAACCCACUUGCUUAAACACACAUUUUUAUUUAAAUUAUCCUUUCUAUUUAUUUAACAUUGUUUACUUUGUUUGUUAAGGCGUCUUCUUAAAUUGAAAUUCACAGAAUCAUUUAACUUAGUCAUUAAAAAGUUUGACAUUUGCGAUUUUGAAUGGCAUUCGUGCCUGCAAUGACAGAUGUCACCUUUGACAGAUGCAAAUUUGAAUUAUGUUUGCGGUUGUCAAUUCAUUUGUUAUUUCAAUAAUUUAUUUUAAAAGUCGCAGUUUUCUUUAAUUUAAUAUCUUUCAAUUUUGGUUUCAUUUUAUUGAAAUGAGUUUGACUGUAGUUCACAAGAACAAACAAUUUUUAUAAGGAUGUGUUUAGUAAAUAUAUUUAAAUAUUUAUAUUCGAGCGAAUAAAUUUGGAAUUGUUACAUAAAUUAUUAAACUAAAUGGAAUGUUAAAUUUAAAAUAUAUACAUAUAUAUAUAUUAUAAAAUACAAUUU